AUGCCCUUCCGCCGGCAGCUAGAGGCGUUGUGUGCGAUAUCGAUGUCGGGGGAGCGAGACCCAUCGCCCUCAGGUGCGUUCAGAGAGAAGCUUGCAGACCUGAUCAAGGGUCUACUGUCUGUAAACAUGAUCAACUACUCCAGAUCACCGUGGGCUUCCCCAAUCGUGGUGAUCAUUAAGAAGAAUGGAGUGGAUAUCAGGUUAUGCAUUGAUUAUCGGCUGGUUAAUAGCCUGACGCAACUGAUGGUAUACCCAAUGCCCUUGAUCAACGAUCUACUCGAAGAUCUGGAAUCGACACUUUGGUAUUGUUCUUUGGACAUGGCAAGUGGAUUUUGGGUCGUGAAAAUGACGGAUCGUGCGCGCCUGAUCUCGGCUUUUAUCACUCCGUUUGGGUUAUUCGAGUGGAAUCGAAUGCCUUUUGGCCUGAAGAAUGCGCCCCAGAUCUAUCAACGUAUGAUCGAUAAUGCGCUAUAUGGGUUCACCCGGAUCCCGAGGUCUGAGGAUCACGGAAGUACUGCGGAUGUGUUCGAGAACGGGGAACCGGUGGAUCCAGGCAAGCCUUCG